AUGCGCGAUUCUUUCCGCGCCAUUCUCGCCGAGAACAAGCGUCUGCUCCGAGACAUCUCUGUGCUCGGAGAGCAGCUCAGAACCGCGCACGCUAACGUGGGGCAGCUGCAGGAGGCGAAUGCGAGCCUGAAGCGGGAGUGCGCUCGCCUAGCGAUUGAGCGUGACGAUGCACGUCGCAGAUGGAGGGAGACAGCGGUUACGCAAGCCCAAACGCACGCCAAGUACUACGUACUAGGCACCCGGCAGGCAAGUCUCCACCGUCUUCUUGACGACGUCCUGCCCAUCGCCGCCCAAAAGGCGAUGGAGACGGCGGCCAAAGGAGAUCACGAACGCAGAUGUAAGUUUGAAAAUUGCCACGUCAUCUGGGUACUGGGCGCUAACAGCGUUGAGCAGAAGCUUGAAAGGUUCAAGGAUCUCAUGCGCGACAUGGGGCCAAGGCGGCCGUUGUCACGACGAGCUCAAGACGCACUUCAAGAUGCGGCGGCGCAGCGCAACGCGCACGCGCACCCAGCGAGGGCAGCGCUGGAGUUCCUCCUGUCGUGCUUGCGCCGGGGAACUGGGAUGAACGAGCUCUGCGACGUUGUCGAGGGUCUCCUCGACAAUGCGGACGAUCUUGCGACCAGCACAGCCAGUCUCGAUGUGCUAAUAGAUUGUCUACCCGCCCGCGUAGCGUCUUGUAUUCCUAUUUCAGCCGAAGAUGCCGAGUCUGCGAAUGGAACUGCGCAUCGAGUGACGGACCUGGGAUGGAUCCCUCCGUCGCUGCGAAGUUUGGAUGGGGAGAGGUUGCUCAGGCUCGUUGACACUGCGCCUGACGCCGACCUGACCUCCGCAGCGAGUGCAGACAGAGACCAGUGUGCUCCUUCCACUGAUCAACUGGGUGAUAUUCCCAUGGUCACCAUGCCUGACUUUGAGCCACAGCGGCCGGGUAGGCGCGCAAAGUCGAGCGACCGGUGGGACCGGCAUCCUGAUGGGACGUGGGCGAGGUUAACGUUACGGUCGUGA